AUGGAGUGCCAUUUCUCUCUUUUUGUAGGCAAUAGUAUAUUAAAAGAAACACCGUUCAUCUCUGACUUUACUAACUAUUUACCUACUGCAAGCGUUGUGUUCGGUUUUGGUGUGCGGUCACUAGGCAAGGGCGGAGACAGGUUGUUCUUUUUUUUAAAACAGAACAAUGACAGCGCCUGGAUACUCUACAGAUGGCAACAAAAAUCCAGACUUUACAGAUUUGCCGAAAAAAUUCCAGGACCGCCAGUGAUACCUUUCUUAGGAAAUGCUCUUUUAGUACUCAAGAAAAAUCCCAAUGAAAUCGUAAAUUUGGGAUUGGAGUACGCCGAAAAAUUCGGCAACGUUGUUCGAAUAUGGCUAGGUACAAAUUUAAUUGUGUUCCUGAUGGAUCCUAAAGACAUAGAAGUGAUCUUAAACAGCCAUGUUCACAUCGAUAAAGCUAAAGAGUACAGAUUCUUCAAGCCCUGGUUGGGAGAGGGUCUUCUUAUCAGCUCAGGUGAAAAAUGGCGCUCCCACAGGAAAAUGAUUGCUCCAACAUUCCACAUCAACAUUCUAAAGUCCUUUGUAGGCAUUUUCAACCAGAACAGUAAGAACGUUGUGGAAAAAAUGCGUCCCGAAAUUGGAAAGACUUUCGACGUUCAUGACUAUAUGAGCGGUGUCACUGUAGACAUUUUACUGGAAACAGCCAUGGGUAUCACAAGAAAAACUCAAGAUGAAUCUGGCUUUGAUUAUGCUAUGGCUGUCAUGAAGAUGUGCGACAUCAUCCACCAGAGACAUUACAAACUGUGGCUUCGUUUCGAUGCACUUUUCAAUCUAUCAUCAUUUUAUAAACAACAACAGAAACUAUUGGGUAUUAUUCACGGACUUACCAACAAAGUUAUUAAGAACAAGAAGGAAACAUAUUUUGAAAACAAAGCAAAAGGUGUUGUUCCACUAACACUGGAAGAGCUGACCCGAACUCCUGAUGAUGUACUGGCUAACAAUGACAAAACUCUCUCGGAGGAUGUAUUCAAAGGCUAUCGUGAUGACUUGGACUUUAAUGAUGAAAACGAUAUCGGUGAAAAGAAACGAUUAGCUUUCUUAGACUUGAUGAUUGAAUCUGCUCAAAACGGAACGCACGAUAUUAGUGACCACGAAAUCAAAGAAGAAGUUGAUACUAUCAUGUUUGAGGGACACGACACCACGGCUGCUGGAUCGAGCUUUAUGCUCUGUCUCCUAGGCGUCCACAGAGAUAUUCAAGAAAAAGUUUAUGAUGAACUUUAUGAGAUUUUCGGAGAUUCAGACAGGCCAGCCACUUUUGCUGACACGUUGAGGAUGAAGUACCUCGAAAGAGUGCUGCUAGAGUCAUUGAGAAUGUAUCCCCCAGUACCAAUGAUUGCCAGAAAACUCAACCGCGACGUUAAAAUCUCUUCCAAUGGCUAUGUUCUACCUAAAGGCUGCACUGUUGUAAUUGGUACGUUUAAAGUUCACCGUAACCCUGACCACUACAAGGACCCAGACGUAUUCAACCCUGACAACUUCUUGCCUGAAAACGCAUCCAAGAGGCACUAUUACAGUUACAUUCCAUUCAGCGCAGGACCCAGGAGCUGCGUGGGUCGCAAAUACGCCCUUCUAAAACUGAAAGUGUUGUUGUCGACUGUCCUUCGUAACUACAAGGUCAUAUCAGACGUCACAGAGGAUCAAUUCGCACUACAGGCGGAUAUCAUUCUGAAGAGAGCUGAUGGCUUCAGACUGAAGAUCGAGCCCAGAAGGAGAGUGCCCUCCACCGUUGCUGGCACAGCUUAA